AAAAACACGAAAAAAAAAGAACUGUCUAUGGUUGACGCCUUGAUUGACGCUAGUUGUAGAUUUUUCUUAAGAUUUACGGUUUUAUAUCGUUUUAGUAACCAUUCAAACUAAUUAUGAUCGAUGUUUCAACUAUUAUAAUUUAUUUCUGAAUUAAUUGUACAAAUGCUUUACCUCGUUAUCAAUUUAGAGCAUGAAGAUAGUGAUCGGAGCAGAAGCAUACCAAUUAUGUGCGUCUUUUAUAAUUUUACAUGUGCGUGAAUGAAAUGUCAGAAAUAUUACGCAUUUACUUAGAUUUCUUAAUGUUUUGACCAUGUAAUGCCGCGUCAACGCGAAGAUUUAGUUUUGCAUCACCGCGAAGCCAACUUGCAAUUCAGUUGUAAUGAAACGAACAAAAGUGUAGUGUCGGUAGGUAGGUUUUGACAGCCGGCAGGCUCGUCGAGAGUGACUUACGGUUGGCUUCCUAUAAAAAUGAACAGUCGUAGUAGUGUAAAUGAAACGAAUUUGGUGAAUUUCUCGGCGGAUCUUUCAACAUUGAAUCAAUUGGAAACUAAAGACGGCCUGCUGAGUUUUCCUUUUGAUCAUAUAUACGCAUGUCACUCUGAAAGUUCGGAUCGCAGAUCGACCCUUACGCUCGACAAGGAGGUUGAAAUCACGACACAUUGUGUGGUUGCUGAAGAAAAGGAACUGGUCGUCAGUAGAAGCCCAGAUGUGACCAGACUCACUGAGCAGUUGUCAGCUUCUGAGGGCCAAAACAAGAGACUCAAAGACCUCCUUGUAUACCACUUGGACCUCAUACAACAACAGAACGAGCUGAUCACUAAAAGGGACAAGUUAUACCAGGCUUUAAAACAAGAGAAUGACACACUUAAGUCCAAGCUGAGUCGCAUGGACAGGCGGCUGACGGUUAAUCAGAGACACUUUGCUAACCCCCCGCCUCUGGUGCAUGUGCCAUCCUCCAGCGUGACCAGUGUGACUUCAACCAUUGUCAAAAGUGAACCUAGCCCACCAUCACAGAUAAUGCUCAAUAGUUUUACUGAGCUCCUGUUGACAGAUAGUAGAACAAAUUCGUUUAUUUUUGAAAGUGAUAUCAACAAAGCAAAACCUUUUGCCCAGGAGCCUUUUGAAAUUGCGAGGACCCCAGAAACAGAUGUAAUUAGCUAUUUACCAGAUAAUUUGGGCGUCCCAACACUCCUGGACACAAACCUCAGCUGCGAAAACUUCACAAUGAUUGAAAGUAAGCGUUCGUUUGUCAAAAAAGAAAUCAAGACUGAAAACCGGCCUGAACCACUGUACACGGUUACAUCAAAUAGUGGAAAUCCGGUUAUACAAAGAAUACAGAGGAAUAGAAGAAGAACUACUUCUGGAAUUAGCAGCUUAAAUCGAAUGAAAAGUCCUGGAGCUAAAGUAGAGCCUGUAGAAAGUGCAAAAGUAUUGGAAGAGGAAAAGCCAUUUGAGCGUAAUUAUAGUGUAAAUAAAAAAUCAAAAAUGAUCAACACAUACGGGAAAUCCAAAAGUAAUUUUAAGAGAGCCAAUCAAUUCGGAUCCCUGUCGGACCGGCUGCAGCUGAUCGACACGACGCCCACCGGCGAGGACCCCUACCAGCUGGGCGAGGCCGACAUGCGCGAGCAGUCGCCCAUCCCCAAGCUCAUGCUGCAGAAGACCAACCACGGCCGCAUCAAGAUCUGCACCGAGACCGUGGCCGGCGGCCCCGCGCCCUCGCGCCGCAUCUACGAGCCGCCGCCCGACGCCGCCAAGCUCACCAACAAGUUAAAGCUGGACAACCGGUACAACCUCACCAACACCAACUACAUGCACCCCUCCGAAUUGAAAGCGGAAACGUCGCCAAAGACGCUCAUCGUAGUCGAACCAGAUUUAGAUAUAGUUAAAACGGAGCCGGAGAUCGAUUGGCGGAUGUAUAAUCCUAACAAGCCUGGAAACGAGACGAGCCUGUGUGACUUUUCCUAUGGCGAGAAUCCUAAUAAUUUAGCAUCUAAUAUUUUGCCAUCGUUGGACGCCGUUGAAUUUCAAGAUUUAUUUUCAUCGGAUCCAUCUUUGAACUUGGACAGUCUGAACCCAAUAGACUUUUGCCCUACAACUUCUACUACCGACAAGAGCUCACCCGAUAAGUCCAAACGACGAGCUGGUCGAACUACUAGUCUCGUGGGACCUAAUACUUCAGUGGAAGAAGUAACGGCGGCGAGUAAACGUGGAGGUGACAGCAAACGUGGUAGAAAACGAGCCCUCUCCACCGGACUACUCAAAACGAAACGUGAAAAUCCUCCGAAAGGUCCCGCCAUACUCCCACCGACCAGUACAGCCUCCAAACCAAAGUUAGUUAAGGGAAAAUCCGUUUGCCGUGGUAAGAAAUCGCCACUGCCAGGCAUGGUGACCAAGAAACCGUACCAUACGCUCGUGGGCGACCCGGACAUCUCGUGGUACCUCGGGUUGGACCCCGAGGUCAAACUUGAAGACGUGGAUCCUCCUGCUGACAGCAAAGUUUCCACCGUAGAGGUGCCGCGAUGGAGAGAGAAGCCCUACACGAGCACGUACACCUUAGAGGGGACAGAGAAUUUAGAUGACAAGGUUUUUGAAAAACGCCACCAGAAAUUAGAAGCUGAGGAGAGGCGGCAGCUCAGAUGGCACAUGAGGCGUAUCCGCGAGCAGCGGCACGUUGAGCGGCUGCGGCAGCGGCAGCGCGACCCCUGGGGCAGCGCGUCGCCCGCGCAGCCGCCCGCCACCUUCACCAUCUGGCCGCACACGCAGCGCGACGCGCGCUUCAUCGAGAUCACGGACACGCUGCCCGUCAUGGCCUUCGGCGAAAUACUCCCGGCCAUACCUCCGGCAGACUUCGUGUUACCUUGGGUUAGGUCUUCAAAGGCUUUAAAGAGAUCUAAAAGAUCCAAAACAUUGCAUUGAAGUGUCGGACUUAUAAAGCGUGUUAAAAAACUUUUAUGUAUGAAUUAGUAACGACAAGAAGUCGUACUAGCAUACAAUGUAUGAUGGAAGUGUUAUGAUUUAAUCAGAGCUGAUUAUGAUGGGUCAUUGUAAAGAUAACAGUGCAGCAAGUUCGCUAAAUCUGAAUAUGAUAACGAUGGUUUGCCACUUAUCUUGUACAGUCAGCAGCAGAAGUGGCUAAGCAGAAUAACACGUUCACAAUGAUCUACACAGAACCUUAUUCUCUUUGAUAUUAGAGUCCGUGUGUAGAUCAUUGUGAGCACUAAGACCGCGUAGCUACUUAUUCUGCUGCUGACCAUGUUCAGAGAUUUUGUCAUUAAAUACAGCGACUUAUUAUAUUGUAAUAUGACACUGUUUUUAUUGACAAAAUGUUGAGCGUACAAUGUUUGUGUUUUAAACCAUAGAUAAGGUCUUUGGGUACAAUAAUUUUCUAAUAAAUUGCUUGCCUAGCUACACAAUCGGCGCGGUACUCCGGUAGCGCAAUAACGGAAAGUUUCCACACGUUUGAAUGUUAUCGUUCGCUAGUAGUUAUUUAAUGUCGUAAUUUAAUAAGGGUGAUUAUUGUACCGAAAUAGUUAUCUGGAAUACCUAAUGCUUUAAUUUUGGUACGGACUGAGUAAUAAGUAGAUCUUAGUUAAAGGAUAUCGGGUGUAUACGGUGCUCGGGAGGAAACCGAUUGAUUUUAAUGAUGCAACCAUAUUAAGAAACUAUCUCGUGUAAUAUAGUUUCAUACGUAGGGCCUUUUUAUAUAUAUAUUUUUAUGAUGACUUAUUGAAUAACUUGAUAACUUUUGUGAUUUUGCCACUAUAUUGUUUUAUUUUUUAAGUGUUUUUAUAUUUUGUUUCUUAUGGCUUCAGAAAUGCAUGGUUAAAAUCUUUCAGGUUCCUCUCGAGUCCCCGUAUGUGUAAUGUGAUACGAAUAUCAUGGUGUUGUCACGUUUACUGCAUUCUAGUUAAGAUGUACGGUGCGCUGUGAGUGUAUUUCCGAGUUGAGUAGGCCUGUUUCUAUAUGAGGUGUAUAUUGGGAUAAUGUCAUGACAAGUGAAAUAACCAUAUUGUGCAACUAUUACCUACUAUAAGGUUUGCAAGGGAAUUAAGUAAUACGAUGCCAUUGCACUUAAGAAGAUUCUUUUUAUAAAUAAAAUAAAAGAAUAUUAGUGCUUUUUCCUGUGGGCAUGUUCCGAUUCAUGUUUGUAGUAAAAUAAUUUAUCUUGUUUAAUGAUAGUACCCUACUAAGCGGAAUUAUUUCACACUAUUAUCCUGAAACCAUAUUAAAUCGUACCUCAAUGGUAGGUUAUGUAUGCACUAAUAGCCAAGUUCAAAAUAUUAAUUUUGGGAACGUCCCUGCUAAGAGUUAUCACUGCGCACGAGUCCUUAUCAGCGUAACUUGAUAAUACCUAUAAUACUAGAUUAUCUACUAAAAACAGUUAACCAACCAAGUACCUACUUAUGUAUCACACUUUACGGCACUCAUACAACGCUACUCACGCGAUACUUCUCUGUCUAUGGGAUGGAGUCCUUUUAGGUUCUUGAGUUUUAAGUUAUAUGGCUGAUAUCUGAUACGGCACAAUCUAACAUGCGCCAAUUUGAUAGCCAUUGUAAACAGAAGACACACUACUCGCUUUACGUUUAUAUGAUACCCUACUUAGUAUGUGUACUAUUAAAAUUAUUUAAUGCAGGGCCUCGUUUAGUUUAUUUCAAUUAUUUGACCAAUAUUAUAACAAUAUCAAAAUUGAUGCUCUACAAAAACAUCGGUUAGUUUUGUUUUUCUCCAUCGAGUCUUCGGUGUUCUCGUUAAGUUAGAUACUCGGAUAAACGUUCGAUCCGAAGAGAUGAGACAAAAACAUACAAGCGUGAGACCGUCUUUUUGAAAUAUUGAAGUUGCAAACAAGAUCUUAACAGGCCAAUAGAUCCAUGUAUGUAGGUAUAGUUUGUGUGUGGCAUGCGACAUUAACAUACCUACUUAAAUAUUAUUAACACAUGUCGGCGGCCGAUCGUAAGAUCAGGCAUAUCGUGAAAUUCCUAGGCAUAUCGUAAAACGUGAAAAUCUUUGACUCGUUCCCUGAGUCGACGGAGCCCCGCUACGCGGGGCUCCUAUUUCUGGGCAGUUUACCCUUCGGGCAUCUGAAGCAACCUAACGAACCUA